CGGGCCGCGCGGCAGUCACGAACAACGUCGGCAACCGUCGACGUCGCACAGUCGCACGUCGCUGCCGCCGCCGUCGCCGCCGCUUCACGCUCGUACAUUACGUACGCGAACGGGUUGAAAUCAAAUUCUUCCUGUAUCACGUCUUAUCGCAGCGUCCGACCCGCGUGAUAAAUACCAGAGCGAUAACGCGCGUGCGCGCGCCCCCGACCGCCGCCCCGUCAGACGGUCGCGAUGUAUCGCGGCUGAGGGGCCCUGUCCGGACGAUUGCCGUGCAUGCGACGUCCGUGUGUACGACGACGGGCCCGCCGUGAGCUGCCACGGCCGCGUGUGCUGUUCGCCGGACCGCAGACGCCGCCUCCGCCUCCGCCGCCGCCGCCGAAGAGGACGACGACGACGACGGGCGGAAAGCGCGACGAUCACAAUGCCGCCUCCCCCACGGACGAUUUCGUGACGACGGCUUUUGGAUUUUCGAGCUGUUUUUGGGAGUAUGGAAGAACAAGAAACUAUGAACAAAACAUUGCCACUUGCUAAGAAGCAGAAACUUAAUGACAGUGAAUAUCGUUUGGUAGAUUUAAACGUUGAUACAAUUAGUUUAAACUUGACAAAGCAUUGUCUGUGUCAAUUACCCGAAACAUGCAUGCUAAAAGAAGUUUUUAGGGUCUCGAAUGUUAGUAGUUGGAGUAAAGAACGGCUUUUAAAUUUUUUAAGUUCAGCUCGAUUAACUUGUGACAUUGCUCUCAAACAACAAUCAGAAGGCACUAUAUGUACUAGUGUUGAGCGGUUAAGCAAUUACUUGAUUUCUAAUAAAACAGGUAUAGUAAACGAAGUUGUAUCUUUACUUACACGAACAGAUCCUUACAUAUCAUAUGCAGCAAGUAAUGCUUUAGCAGAAAUAUUUGUGUGUUCGCAAAAUAAAAUAGACAAUGUAUGGGUGGAGGAGUUGACAGAUUUAUUUCUUCGUCGAUCUCCGGAAACUUUAUGUCCUGUUAUAGCAGUUUUUAAACGUGUAUUAUGUUGGAGAGAUUCACUAAUGAAUGAUAAUGAAAAAAAUAUCAAGAUGCCUGAAAAUUGUGUUAGCAGAAAAGUUAUUUUUGAAGAUGAUGAAAUUGAGAUGGACGAUGAAUUCGGAAUAAGCCUAGUUAAAACUAAAGUUAUUGAAGUUUUACAAACUCAAUGGCAAAUGAUAGUAUUGAAAUUUAUUAGGUAUAUGUCAUCUUUUGACCACUGUACAGAUCUUAAUAAUGAGCAAUUCGAUCAUAAAAUGGGUCAUAUUGCUAUUAUAGAAUUUAUCAAGUUAUGGACAUCCAUGGUUUCUAUUAAAACUAAUCUGAAUGUUAUGAACAUUAAAUACUUUUAUGCAGAUUUAGGACAAAUGCUUAUUCUUUUGAGGCGGCCAAAAGUCCAACCAGUAGUUUGGAAGAAUAUUAUUAAUCUUUUCAAUGAAAGUUUGUGUUACACUACUACAUUGGCUGUACAAGGUACCAUGCAAGAAGAACCUUGUAUGUUAGCUAGAGAAUUGGUCAAGGUUGUCAAAACUAAAAAUAUGUUGAAUAACAUGCCGUUUAGAAAAGGUCCUGGAGAAUUUGGAGGAGGAGAAGAAGAUGAAGGAGAUAAAAAAUUAUUACAAGACACAGUCUUAUUAAUUUUAAAAGCAGUGGCUACAAUCAUCAAGGAAACAAAAAAUGAAUCAUCAUCCAGUGAUUCUUCGUCUGAUGAAUCGGAAGAUUCUGAAGAAAUAGAUGCUGAGAUGGCAAUAAUUGAAAGUAGUGUCAAUGAAGUUUUACGGAAGCUUGACACAUGUGUUAAGAAGUGUAUGUCUUAUCUACCCGAAACUCCAAUUGCACAGUGGAUUGUACAGUUAUUUUCUGAUCGCAACGAUGUACUUAUUGAGAGUAUGGUUUGUACCCUUGAUAUUUCACUGGUAUUAUGUUAUCGUCGUAACUCUUUACCGAUGUUACGUCAAGUGCUAAAUCCCACUGCUAGUUUAGUUGAAUUCCUACAAACAUCAUCUUAUAAUAAUGAUUUAAAUGAAUUGUUAUUAGAUUUAUUGUUGGGUAGUGACACUAGUUUUCUGUUGUAUAUUAUGCGAAUGUUGAAAUUCAUUUGCAAUAGGUGGUCAGAGUUUUGUCUUUGUUGUGAUACAAAACUGCAAAGCACAAUGGCUACAUUGAUGGGCUUACAGACAAGUCUUGAUCAACUCAUUAAAAAUAAUUUAACUCCUUACAAUCUUAAUCCAGUAUUAAGGUUGUUAGUUAAAUGUAAUGAUUUGUAUUCGGGUAUAGCUGUAAUAAACAUUUAAAUGACCCUUAUUACUAUGUUUUUUAUUUUAUAAAUAUAUUUUUGAUAUUUAAGUAACCAUUUUUUAUUCAAUAAAAGUUUUAUUUUCCUAAUUUAAAGUUUUAUGUACCAAAUUCUAAAUUAGAUUAAGGAACUAUAGGUUAAGUCUAUAAAAAUACAAUGUCUAUAAGCUGUUUGUUUCCAAUUUUAUAUUUAACACUUUGACUGCGACAUAUCGCACCUGUUCUAUUCGGCGGGUGUCGACACAUCGUCGACAACCCGUAUUACUUUCUGAACUCUCCCAAUAAUACCAGCAUACGACAAGCUAUUUGUUCUUAUGCCACUGCACAGAAAUUGUUUAAUUCACGGUAGUUUGAGAUACCGGGUAUUUUUAUAUUUUUAUUAUACUUACUACUAUUAUUACAAAAAAUAUUCAGUAUAAGCGAAUCGCUCAGGUUAAACCAUACCGCAGUCAAAAUUUUAAUACUCUAUUGUCAGGUUGUAUGAAAAAUUGAUUAAUUAAUAGUCGAAUUAAAUUUAACGGACAAUUUCAGGCCAUUUAAUUAUUUUUAAAGGACUUACUAUUGAUUCAUUAAAUGUGACCCAGAACAUAUGCAUUAGAUUUAGACAAGAGUAUUUUAAUAUUAAAUUGUAAAUGUAAUUAAUUAUUGUUACUAAAUGUUUUAUAUAGUUUAAUGUAAGUAGAUAAUUUUUUUCAAUUAUUGAUUGUUUCAUUUUAUAUUUUAUAGAAUAUAAUAUAUUGCUAAAUAUAUUUGUAAACUGUUGUGAAUUAAAAUAAUUAAUAUUUAGGUAUGUUAGGUCUUCUGUUUUAAUGUGGUAUUUAAAUUAUUUAUUUUUAUAGUAAAAAGUAAUAUGUUAACAUAAAGACUGAUACAUAGGAACUAUAUAAUUUAAUUAGCUUGUAUUUAUGAAUAAGAAUUUUAGCCCAAGUUGCCAUCUAAGAGAACUUUAUUGCAUAGUCUAUUUAUUAUAUAUAUUUUUCUAGUUAAAUCCACUAAUUCCAUACUUAAAAAAUUGUAGUCUUUCCUUGUUUUAUUCUUUGUUUUUAUAAUUUUACUAGGUACUUAUCCAAUCUAAUUUUACUUCCUAUGGUUAGGAUACAUUUAAAUUUAGGUUAUUAUAUUGAAUUGUACUUAUUAAUGAUGUGUAAAACGAUUUGGUUUUAAAGUUUUAUUAAUUAACUUUAAAGAAUUAUCUGUUUAUUAAACUUCUUUUUAAAUCUGUUUUAAACUAUUAUUCUAUUUUUUUCUUUUUCUUUUCUUUUUUUCUUUGUAUUCUUUAUAGUAAUUACAAAUCAAUAUUUAUACAUAUAUAUAUAUUUAUAUAAAAGUAUUAUGUAUGUAUGUAUAAUGUUUUAGUAUUUAAAGUUUGUAAAUUAUACCAAUAUGUGAUAGUCGAUGUGUCCACCAUUUAUGAUGACCCAAAGACAACAAACCAAAUGAAAUUAUUAGUUGUUACUGAAAUUUUAUAUCAAGACAUAUUACACUAAAAACUUAUUUAUAUUAAUAACAAAUAGAAUAAUAUAGAUUAUAGUAUUAAUAAUAUAAAAAUAUAAAACAAAACAAUACUGUAUUUUUAUAGGUAUGUAACUCGUAUAACUUAUUUUAAUAUUUAGGAUCUAAUUUGUUUUUAAUUGGCACUAUUAAUAAAUUUCCAUGUUGUGAGCCCUUAGUUACUUAUUAUCGUUACCAUGCAUCAAUUUAUAUCUAAGAGAAAUACAUUUUUGUUUUCAAUAUGAACCACAUGUAGUUAAGUUCUAAUCAUUUAAAACUUAAGUUUUAAAUUUUACUUGCCCAUAUUAUUAAAACAAUAAAAUUAAUAUAAUAUUAGGUAGGUAAGUGAUAUUAUAUACAGCAGAGGUAUUCAAACUUAUUCACCCCAUUGUCUAUUGUCUUCAUAACAUUUUGAUGGUUCUUGAAUUAUUAAGAACAUAAAAAAAUAAUAUUCUAACGUUUGAUAUUUAAUUAUUUAUAAUUGUAUGUAUUAUAAAUAAUUCAAUUAUAUUAGAUUACAAAUUAAAUAAUAAUUAUGUAGAAAAAAUCAAUGUUUUUACCCUUCAAGCUGAGUGUUACUACUUAAACAAAUAAUCUCAUGUUAAAUUUUUUCCUACUUUCUUCACAUAUGCUACAAUUAAAAAAAAUACACUCAACCAGUCGUUUCAUGCACAGUUUGGGUAUCUCUGAACUACAAUAUUACUAUUUUUUAGGAUCCAGUAACCUUGUUCAAUAGAUAAUAAUUGGUUUGUGAUUUUUAAUAUAAAUUGCCAUUUAAUAGGUAGAAUAAAUUAAUAUUCACAUAUUGGUAUAAUGCUGAGGUUUUUAGUCUGAGAUUACUGCAUAUUAUAUAUGCAAUUUCUCAUACAAAAUAUUCCUAAUUAAAAAAAAAAAAAAUGUAUUUCUAUUAGUUUAUUUAUUUGUUAAUUUAUUUAUGUAUUAUUUUGUAAAUCUAUUCAUUACUAUAUGUUAAAAAACAAUUUUUAUUGAAUAUGACCUUUACUUAAAUAAAUAAUUUUAGAUGUCUAUAAAAAUGUAAAAUUGAAAUGUAUUAUGUAAUAUUAAUCUCGUAUAAAAACAUACUUUGUAUAAUCAAAUAAGGUAAUUAAUAGUGAAUUAUGUUGUAAUUUGAAUCAAAAUGUGAAAUAAACAUUUUUUUUUUAUAAA